GCCAGCGCCGGCUCGAUGCUGGUAGUACUUUCGCCGGGAUUUGUGAACGUGCCUUUAUUUCCAAGGGAGACUGUUUGGUGUCGGUCGGAGAGUAGUGCGCUGGAGAAAAGGUGACGACGAUUGCGCAAGACUGCUGAAGAUCAUGAAGCUUGAAUGGAGGAACUGAACUCUUGGAAGUCCACACAGAUCAAAGCCCUGCAAGAUACGUUCUUGCUCGUGCACGUCUAAUCUGCUCCUCUUAAACGGUAUUUAUAACACCUGAGAAGAAAAAGGAAAUUUCGGAAGGCUAGGGAGAACAUAGAAAACAUGCUUCAGUCGAUGGAAUUAUUGGAUGUUGCCGACUCUGACUUCCUCAGCAGUGAUGAUCAACUGGAUGAUGAAGAAUCUGAAUGCUCUGAAUCAGAGAUUGAGAGAUACUUCGUCAUUCCGACUGCCAAGAACCGAUUGUUUGGCCGGAAAAAGCCUCUUCACGUUGUUCUAGGUGCCGGACUAGCUGCUGAUAUUAUGCUCUGGAGAGACAAGAACGUCUCAGCAAGCAUUCUCGCUGGUUUAUCCAUCAUAUGGUUUAUCUUUGAGGGGUUGGGCUACAACUUGAUUGCCUUUUUUUGUCAUUCCGCUCUUCUGUUAUUGGCUACGCUGUUCCUUUGGGCAAGUUUUGGCCCAGCAGCCAACUUGCCUCCACUCGAAUUUACAGAUAUUUUCUUGCCUGAAAGGCUGCUUGCCGAUGCUGCUGUUGCAUUAAGAUUUGAUAUUAUCCAAGGAUUCAGAACCCUCGGAGACAUAGCUCUCGGACAAGAUUUGAAGCAAUUUCUCUUUGUUACAGUUACAUUGUGGGGUUUCUCUGCGGUUGGCGCUAGGGUCACUUUUCUAACUUCCUUGUACACAGUGUCUGUCAUAUUGCUGAUAGUGCCAAUGGUAUAUGAAAAGUAUGAGGAUAUUAUCGACGUCAUUACCGAGAAGGUGUUGAUAGAAUUGAAUAAUCAAUAUGCCGCAGUGAAGAAAAUGGUUUUGAGGGAAUUGCACGCAGCUAUUAUUGCAAGCGAGCAAUCUAGAUUGUACGUCAACUAAUAGAUGUUAGAGGUACAGUAAUUAUUUCUGCUUGCUACAGUUGAAUCCGAUUUACAGGUCAUACAAGAUUCAGCUUCUGCUUCUUUUUUUUUUUUUUUUCCCUCGCUGAGGUUGAUGUCAAGGAUGUACUCGAAGCAAAGUCGCUUCUUAAUUGUGUUUAGUAACACCUUCUAGCAUUGUUAUAAAUACACUAGAAGUGUGACCUAGCAGGUUAUCUUGAUCAUGCUACACUUUGUAUGAUAUAUCAAAGAGGUACUUGAUUUGUUCAUAUUGGUUAUUAAUUAUUUUCAUCAAAAAAGAAUUUCUUUUUUC